AUGGCAUCAGCACUGGUCCAUGCUUGGGAGGACUUCCAGCUGCACCUGCCAUGGAGGAAUCACACAUCAGUUUCUGAAUUUGUCCUCCAGGGUUUCUCUGAAUACACUCGGGCCCAUGGCUUCCUUUUCUGUCUCUUUUUGGCCCUGUACUUGCUGGCCCUUGUGGGCAACUUGCUCAUCACUGCAGUGGUGUGGGCCAACCCAGGGCUUCACAUGCCCAUGUACAUCUUCCUGGUGAACUUGGCACUGCUGGACAUGGUGGGUUCCAGCACGGCAGUGCCCACACUGCUGGAGGCCCUAGCCAUGGGAGCAAGCACCAUCUCCUUUCCUGCCUGCAUGACCCAGGUCUUCGUCUUCUCCUGGACCUUAGGCUCUGAGCUGCUGCUGUUCACGGUCAUGGCCUAUGACCGCUAUGUGGCCAUCUGCCAUCCACUGCACUACAGCUCCAGGAUGAGCCCAUGGGCCUGCGGGAUGCUGGUGUCAGGGAUCUGGGUGGUGGGCAUGCUGGAUUCCAUACUGCACACUGCAAUGCUUGCUCGGCUGUCCUUUUGUGGUCCCAACACCAUCAACCACUUCUUUUGUGAGAUUCCUCCUAUCCUGCUUCUGUCUUGCUCCCCUACUCAGGUGAAUGAGCUCAUGACCCUGGUAACAGACUUGUCCCUAGGGGGCACCAACUUCCUGCUAACUCUAGUGUCCUACGGCUGCGUCAUUGCCAGCAUACUGCGGAUUCGCUCAGCUGAGGGCAAACAGCGGGCCUUCUCCACUUGCUCUGCCCACCUCAUCGUGGUCUCCAUGUACUAUUCGGCUGUGUUCUGUGCCUACAUCAGUCCCAGUGCCAGCUACAGCCCUGAGAAGGCGAAGUCUAUUGCUGUGCUUUAUAGUCUGGUCAGUCCAGCCCUGAAUCCGCUGAUCUACACACUCAGGAACAAGGAUGUCAGAGCUGCACUCCAGAAGCUCUUCGCAAGGACUCCUGCAUUAUGA